AUGGUUUCGAGAGACGCUGAUAAAAAGGCAGGAAAAACGAGCAAUAAUCAGAAUGAAGAGUUAGAGAAACAGGAACAACGGCCAACGCAGACACAACCAGCGGAGGAACCAGCAAAGCGACCACAACAUCCACAACCGUCAUUCAAAUAUACCAUCUUUCCAGUGAAAGGGUAUAACAUUUUACCGACACGUAAUAUUACGAGUACCUUUGCGAAGAGCGAGCAAUCUUAUUUACCUGGAAAUAAAUCAGGCGCAGAAGAAAUAUCACCAAAUCCAGAAGAAGAGUGGAGAGAUACAAUUAUUAUUCAUCCUGGUUCACGAAAUUUGAGAAUUGGACUUGCUUCAGAAGCUUUUCCAGUCUCUAUACCACAUGCUAUUGCCCGAAAGCUUAAAGUGAAUUCGUCUGCCGUAAGCGAUACGACAGAAACCGAUAAGAACGAUAAAGACACAAAUAUGAGUAACAGUAGCAAAAAUAUUGAUAAUUCAGAAGAAAAAGACCAACAUGAGAAAGAGGAAUACGAAAUAGCACUUCAAGAAAUCAGAGGCGAACUAAAAUGGCGUAUGAAAAGUGCCAAACGUCGUGCCGUACCUAAUGCUGAACAACAAGUGAUUGGCUUCAACGCCAGUGCUUACAAAGAAAUGAUACCCGAUCAUAAUGAUCCAUAUAAGGUGGAAUGGACAGAUAUUAAUAAUGCAGCCGAGGACUAUUAUGUGGGAGAAAAAGCGUUGAAGGUGCCCAUUUCACAAAAGGGGUCGAAUUGGCGCUUAUUUUACCCUUGGAAAGAUGGAACUUUGAAUAAUCAAAAUUAUGACAGCGUACAAGCAGUUUUGAAUGAUUUAGAAGCGAUUUGGACAGAGACAAUUGUAAACGAACUGGAAGUAAAAAGAAGUGACUUUAAGAAUUGCAAUGCAGUUUUAGUGAUACCCGAUCUUUUGGAUCACAGUUAUAUUUGUGAUCUUACUACAAUGAUGUUGCGCUAUAUGAAUUUUAAAGGCGUUAUUCUUCAACAAGAGUCUGUGUGUGCUACUUAUGGUGCAGGCAUAUCUAGUGCAGUCGUGGUCGAUAUUGGCGCUCAAACAACAAAGAUUACCUGUAUUGAGGAAGGCGUAUGCCAAGUGAAUUCACGAAUAGCCAUUAAUAUGGGUGGUGACGACAUUACUGAGACGUUUGCAUACUUUCUGAUGGAAAACAAAUUUCCAUAUGCCGCUAUGAAUCUGAACACCUCGUAUGAUUGGAAGCUAGCAGAGACAUUGAAGGAGAAAUGGUGCACUAUGAAUGAAGCGGAUAUAAGUGUGCAGGUGUAUGAUUUCUUUGCACGUACACCCUUCAAACCCACUCUAAAAUAUCAAUGCAAAGUCUAUGAUGAGGUGUUCUUGGCACCGCUUUGUUUAAUGUAUCCCAAUGUGCUAAAAAAGAAGAAAAAAGAAUAUGCUUGGGAACAAAAGGACGUUACAGACGAAGUAGUAGAGGAUGCUCCAAAGGAUGAUAUGGAUAAUACCCGUGAAUAUGAUACAUAUCCCAUCGAUGUAGCAAUUGCCCAAUCAAUUCAAAGUGGUGCAAAUGGCUCCGAAGAAAAGAUGAAAAGAUACUUCCAAAGCAUUAUACUCGUCGGUGGAGGUGGCAAGAUUGUAAAUUUCAGCAAAGUGCUUGAAGAUCGUGUUCUAUCCACUGUUACUGCUCAAAGAGCUGGUAUUACUAUUGUCGAGGUAUUACCCGCUCCAAGAGAAUUAGAUCCUGAGGUGCUUGUUUGGAAAGGGGCAUCAGUCAUGGCCAAAUUGGAUUCAGCAAAAGAUAUGUGGAUAGGACAAAAGGAAUGGGACGAAGUAGGCGCUCGAUGUUUAAGGGACAGAGCCUUACUAAUGCCAUAA